GGGGAGUAUAUAGAGGAACACAGGGGUCUGUACAAGGACGUGAUGAUGGAGAAUCACCGGCCCCUCACAUUACUGGAUGGGCCCAGAGAUACCACAGAGAGAUGUCCCCAUCCUCUGUAUUCCCAGGAUUGUUCAGAGGAGAAUCACAGGACCCCACAGGAGGAUCAGGGGGACCAGCUGACUGAUAUGAAGAUUAAUGAUAUAUACAGAGAAGAAGAGACGUAUGUGACUCAUAUGAAGGCAGAAGAUAUAGAGGGAGAAGAAGAGACGUAUGGGACUGAUAUGAAGGCAGAAGAUACAGAGGGAGAAGAAGAGACGUAUGUGACUGAUAUUAAGGCAAAAGAUAUAGAGGGAGAAGAAGAGAUGUAUGUGACUGAUAUGAAGGCAGAAGAUAUAGAGGGAGAAGAAGAGACGUAUGUGACUGAUAUGAAGGCAGAAGAUACAGAGGGAGAAGAAGAGACGUAUGUGACUGAUAUUAAGGCAAAAGAUAUAGAGGGAGAAGAAGAGAUGUAUGUGACUGAUAUGAAGGCAGAAGAUACAGAGGGAGAAGAAGAGACGUAUGUGGCUGAUAGGAAGGUAGAAGAUACAGAGGGAGAAGAAGAGACGUAUGUGACUGAUAUGAAGGCAGAAGAAGAGACGUAUGUGGCUGAUAUGAAGGUAGAAGAUACAGAGGGAGAAGAAGAGACGUAUGUGACUGAUAUGAAGGCAGAAGAUAUAGAGGGAGAAAAAGAGACGUAUUUGAGGGGUGAUCAGCAGUAUAAGGAGGAGGAAAUCCCUACAGAUAUCAGCACAGCAGAUGGACACAAAAGCAGGAACAUCUCAGAAGGACAUUUAAUGUUAUCCCCGGAUUGUGAAAUAAAAGAUGAUGACAGUAGACAGGAUUCUCCAGGAGAUAACCCCAUUACCCCAAUUGUACAUCUAUCUCUAUCAGCUGAUCCCCCUGAUCCUGGGGAAUGUUCUCCUGAUCACUCUGAUAUUGGUGCAUCUGAUGCAGCUCUGAGAGUAGACACAGUGUUUUCCUGUUCUGUAGAUGCUAAAUGUUUUACACAGAACACAAAGCUUAUUACCCAUCAGCCAGCUAAGGCAGGUAAGAGGCCAUUUCCAUGUUCUGUGUGUGGGAAAUGUUUUACACUGAAAUCAUAUCUUGUUCGACAUGAAAGAAGUCACACAGCUGAGGGGAGCUUUUCAUGCUCUGAGUGUGGGAAAUGUUUCACACACAAAUCAGUUCUUGUUACACAUCAGAGAAGGCACACAGGUGAGAAACCAUUUCCAUGUUCUGAGUGUGGGAAAUGUUUUACACUGAAAUCAAAUCUUGUUAAACAUCAGAGAAUUCACACAGGUGAAAAACCAUUUCCAUGUUCUGAGUGUGGGAAAUGUUUUGCACAGAAAUCAGAUCUUGUUAAACAUCAGAGAAUUCACACAGGUGACAAACCAUUUCCAUGUUCUGAGUGUGGGAAAUGUUUUGCACAGAAAUCAGAUCUUGCUAUACAUCAGAGAAGUCACACAGGUGAGAAGCCCUUUGCAUGUUCUGAGUGUGGAAAAUGUUUUGCACAGAAAUCACAUCUUAUUACACAUCAGAGAAUUCAUACAGGUGAGAAGCCCUUUGCAUGCUCUGAGUGUGAAAAAUGUUUUGCUCGGCAAUCACAUCUCAUUAGUCAUCAGAGAAGUCACAGGUGAGGCCAUUUGCAUGUUCCGAGUGAGAAAUAAAUCAUCUCUUGUUGCACACAGUAGUCAUCACACAGUUGA